AUUGCGAAUCGGUGAGGAGACCGGGGCUGUCGAGUCGACGGUUUUACUCAAAAACCACCGCAUGCCAUUGCAAUUUAUGUGAUCGGAAAUGUGAGGUUGUCACUCUUGAUGCACAUCGUGGAGCACUUCGAUCCUUCGCUGUUUUGGAAAACGCGACGAUUCCAACAUGAAAUCUAUGGAAUUGAGACGUGGCCCUCCUCACGUGUUGAGUGCAAUGUCUAUUAACUCUCCCGAGUGGCAUAACAACUCUGUUUAUCUCUCUGCUAGUAAUUUGCCCAUUGAGAUAAUACUACACUAGAUAUAAUAGCAGGGAACGCCUUAUGAGGCUGCAGCCUGAUUGUACUCAAUCGAAGUAGACUUUCUUCGCCCGAGAGAGACACAUCGUGUGCUACGGGGAUGAGAGAGCGAUAACCAGCAUCUCCUCAGUUGAUGAUGCCGUACUGAAGGCACCAUGCUCGUUGAUAUACCAACACUAUGCGCCGACAGAUUGUCAGCAAAACAAUUGUCCAAUUUCGCAGCGACUAGCACGCCUGUUAUCGUCAAGGGUCUUCGGAUGCCUCAUAUCGAUCUUCUUGCGAUACUUCAACUCGAAGCAAGUAUGUAUUGACGUGUAUAGUAGUCGUCUCAGCGAUUCACUCAGUAGGCAACAAGACGGUUUCGGUCGCUCCACUUCAAGCGAACAAAACUGACAAAUGGUUGGAACAGAUGCGAGAUUGGGUUGCCGGCCCAGUGGAAACCGAUGCCGUCGUACUUGCUGUUUCGGGACGAAGAGUGAGGAUUUCCCUUUCUGACUUUAUUGCUAACAUCGAUCACUUUUAUGCUGACGGCGCUGGCAAUGGUUCUAAGUCUUGGAAAUUCCUGGCUGACUACAUAGGCCGUCGCUGCGAUCUGGGGAGAAUAGACGCUAUGCUUGACGGCCCGUUGGAGAGACACAUUUGGCUUGGCCCUUCUUCGACUGUUAGUCGGCUGCAUUAUGAUGCUGUUGAUACGCUUUUCUGCCAAGUAGAAGGACGGAAAAAGUUCAAGAUUCUACCCCCGGAAAAGUUCGAUUUCCUCGUUCCCCAAGACAGUACCCCUCUGUUGAAGUCAUACUAUGAUUGGGAUGGGAGUAGUCUAUCUGGUUUGAAGUUCACUCGAGGGGAGAUUUCAAGAGAAGUCGUUUGGAACUACAGCCGGUUUGACAUCGAUGAUGGUUGCGACGUUGAAUUGAACCCUGGCGAUACGUUGUAG